AACACCAGAUCUCUAUUUCUUUCUUUCUACCCCCAGCCAGUUUUCCAUUCUCUCUCUCUCUCUCUCUCUCUGGCCCGAGAGAACUGUUGGCCGUUACUCUCUCUCUGCAGGUCAGUUCCCUUGAGUCUUGAAUCAAACCAUUUUUACAUUACAUUUGGCGAUUCUUUAAUCCAUACUGGACAAUUUGUUUUCUGUAUCUAUAAUACGGACGACCACGGAGUCUUUUUCCUUGAAACGUCCCAUGUAAUUGCAUGUUUGGCACAUUCGAAUCAUCUAAAAGGGAAUAUGCUUUUCAAACCGAACCAUUAUUCGGCCCUUUCCUCUGGCGCUUCGUCGCAUUUCAGUUUUCCUAUUGUGGGUUGCCUCUAGAUUUUUACUUCUUCUAUUGUGCUGGGAUUGGUUGUCCUGAUAAGGGCUACGUCUUUUCUAUCUUUUCUUUGAAUUACUUGUCCGUGGCUUCUUCAGUUGGAUUAUGAUUUGUCAAUAAUAGGGACUCUCUCUCUCUCUCUCUCUCUCUCUCUAACACACGCCUGUCAAUUCUUGGUUGUACGGCGGGCAAUAAAAUUGGCUUCUUGAAUUAUGAUCUUUCCAAUUGAGUUGCGUGAUCUUCUUGUUCUUGGAAUUCGGAUUUGAUCUAUCUGGGUGUUGGCCGCAGAUAAUUUAUGAAGUGAUUAGCAGGUUUGCAAUUCUGAUGGGCGAUCGAUAGGGAUGUUGAUUUGUGAUUUUGUGGCCUGGGUAGCUGGGGAAAUUUGAUAUCUUGGGAGGAUGUACGCUGUGGGGAGGCUUGGCAGCUACAUCACCCGAGGGGUUUACACCGUCUCUGGGCCCUUUCAUCCGUUUGGCGGUGCUGUCGAUAUCAUCGUGGUGGAACAGCAAGAUGGGAGCUUCAAAUCAUCACCUUGGUAUGUCCGAUUUGGGAAAUUUCAAGGGGUUUUGAAGGCGAAAGAGAAGGUGGUCACCAUAAAUGUUAAUGGAAUCCAAGCAGAUUUCCACAUGUAUUUGGAUCAUAAGGGUGAAGCUUACUUUCUCAGAGAGGUAGAUGGUGAAGAAGCGGAUUCUGUAUUUUAUCCUUCAUCUUCUGGUGAGGACACAGAUGGGCAGUCCUCUGAUAGAGCGACAAUGAAGUCCAAAAGUUGUAACUUUGAUGCUGGUCGGUCUAAUUUAGUUACUCAGCUUGAUGUUGGCAAUGGGAAGAUUCUGACAAGGACAAAUUCCCGCAGGUCCCGUAUACUGGGUUUUGUCUUUGGAAAGAAGUCAAUGAAAAGUAAUACCACAGGGGAGGAAGAUGAUGGUACUGGUGUUGUUCGAGCAGAUUCAUUGGAGCGUGCCCAGAUUGCAGCUGACCUUUUAGAGGUGAAGUGGUCUACCAAUCUUGAAUGGAAGAAACACCAAAAAGAUAAUGUGUUCCAGUCGUCUCCUACAAAUACCUCAGGGGGUGAAGCAGAUAAAGCUUUGCCGAUUGAUGAUCCGUGGAGUGAGAGGGACUUUCCUUUGCACAGUAAGUCAGUGAAUAGAUUUAGCCGGUCUGUGUUGCAUGAAGAAAUUAGUCUUCAUGACGAUGACAUUGGCACUAGUUCUAGGCUCGGUUUUCGGAAACUGGGGAGUUUUAAUAAGGAUUUUGGUGUAGAAAUGUCAUAUUUAAACACUAACCAUACUAAUGGAACAUCCACUUCAGGUGAAAGUGGUCUGCAUUUCAAUUCUGAAACAGUCAGUGAGACUGAUGGGUUAGGUUUGGCGAAUGCAAAUUAUGAUGAGAAUGAUACUGUUUCCAUCUCUGAGAUCACCGGUCCAGAUUCUGUGGAGCUCAAUCCAGGUCUCAGCAAGAAGCCUGACGAAGAACAGGAUUUUAAAGAUAAGAGCACCAUUUUACCAGAGAGUUGUGUCUCUGUGGAUGAAAGUGGUGAAGAUGGAGUGAUUGCUUUUGUUCGUAAUGAAACUUUGGAGAGCUCAGGUGCGCAAUUGGAUGAUUCGGCUGGAAAAGCAGAUGAAACUUUAUAUGUUUCUUAUGAGGGGGUUGCAGAAGUGUGUGUACAUUCAGAAACAGCUCAAGAGGCAGCUGAGCAAAUAUAUAAGGUCAACUCUGUACAAGAAACUAGUUUAUUAGUAGCAAAAGAACAUUUGGAUUUUCCAGACCAUUUAGCAGACAAUAACAGUGACAGCUUCUUUACUGAGGCACAUAUUCUUGGUGGUGAAGAAUCUUCUUCAAAGCCUUAUCCAAAUGGUAUUGUGACUGAAACAUAUGCUGAAAUGGUGACUUUUGACUCAAGAAAUGGUUCCAUAAAGGAGGUCGAGUCUUGCAGCAUCCGUACAAUUUCUGGUUUGAACAAUUCCAUAAAUGAAGUUGAAGAUGGAGAAAAUACAAAGGAUAUAUACCUAAUGAACAAGCAUGAACUUUCUUCAGAGCCAGUUUACCAUUCACUGGAAUUUGAGGGUAAUAUUGUCCCAAGAGAGACAGUUACUGUUUCUCCUUCAGAAGGUCCAGACGAAGAACAACUUCUUUUUGGUGAUCUUGAUGAUUUAGAGCACGGGGGGGUUAAGCUCACAGAGUCAGUUUCUCUAAUUCACACAGAGAAAGAGAACCACCCCUGCAUUACUCCCGAAAGCAGUGAAGCAUUGCUCAAGUCAGUUGACCCAAGCGAUGAGUCAUAUUCAUCUCCAUACAAGUUUGUACAAGAGAAUGUACCUAGUGAUGUUGAAUUUUCUGGACAAGGAUCAAAGAUGGUUUCAAGCUGUAUUGAUGUUCCCAAAAGGAAUAAAGAGGACAGAGGGCGGAUGGCUGAAUCGUUACCUAUUAUACAAUCUGACAUCAAUCAUUUGGUUGUAGAUGACCAUUCUUUAGGCCUUUCUCUAGAUUCAAAUCCCAAAUCACCAAACUGGUUUCCCCUCGAUGAAGACAUUUCAAGCUGUGUAGAUUCAGAGGCUGACAAAAAAGAGCAUGCAUUCCUGGCACAAUCAACAGUUGAGGAUCCUCAAAAUCUGGAGGAGCUAAAAAAUGCAUCUGCUAAUCUUGCAGUUGGUGAUCCAUCCAAAGCUAUUGACGCUACUAAUGGAAGCUGGAGACAUUGGCCUUUUUCUUUCAAAAGAUCAAGAAGCAUGAAAACCACUCAGCUAGCUAGAAAUUCUUCCAGAAGUUCUGAUCCUGAAGAUAAGUUGGAGAACUCUACUCGCAUGGAUGGGGAAAAGGAUGUUCUUACAUCCACAGUGAAGAAAAAGAAGAAACUGAGGGAAAUUACCCCAACUCCAGAACAACUGGCAUCUUUGAAUCUGAAGGAAGGGAUGAAUACAGUAACCUUCACAUUCUCAACUUCGAUGUUGGGGGAACAGCAGGUUGAUGCUAGAAUCUUUUUGUGGAGAUGGGAUACUCGUGUAGUCAUCUCAGAUGUUGAUGGGACCAUUACCAAAUCUGAUGUUCUAGGACAGUUCAUGCCUUUGGUUGGAAUGGACUGGUCACAAACUGGUGUUGCACAUCUAUUUUCUGCUAUUAAGGAGAACGGUUAUCAGUUGCUUUUUCUAAGUGCACGUUCUAUCUCCCAAUCCUAUCACACUAGGCAAUUCCUAUUUAACCUUAAGCAGGAUGGAAAGGCUUUGCCAGAAGGGCCUGUUCUCAUUUCCCCUGAUGGACUGUUUCCCUCUUUAUUUCGAGAAGUUAUUAGAAGAGCUCCUCAUGAAUUCAAAAUUGCUUGCUUAGAGGAUAUCAGGGCAUUAUUUCCUCCCGAUCACAACCCAUUCUAUGCUGGCUUUGGAAAUAGAGACACUGAUGAGAUUAGCUACCUUAAAGUUGGAAUUCCAAAAGGGAAAAUCUUCAUCAUUAAUCCUAAGGGGCAAGUUGCUGUUCAUCGCCAGCUUGACACGAAAUCAUAUACUUCACUCCAUACUCUCGUGCAUGAUAUGUUUCCGCCCAUGCCCUCAUCUGAGCAGGAGGAUUUCAAUUCAUGGAAUUACUGGAAGCUUCCUCUUCCUGCUAUUUGAUGCUUGAAGGUCUCAGAAAGGAAAAAUUGCUCAAGCCUCUAGAAAUGGAGAGAGGCCAGGCGCUAACCAGCUUGCCAGGGAUUAUUCAGGGGCAUGAUUGACCAAGGGAUCAACUACUGGCCGAAGAAAUUCCACUUUUGAGACUAUUCUGUGGUCUUCUAACUUUAGCUGGCAAUGCAUGCAUAUAUAUAUUAUCUGUGGAUGGCCUUCAGACGGUGAGACAGAUGAUCCAGCUCACCCAUAACUCUUUUUGUUUAUAAUAGAUUGAGGGGUUGUAUUGGUAUGGAUUUGAAGGAGAUAUCCUACUGCUUAUUUAUUAUUCUUGCCGGCUGUUGGCAUUGAAGAGUCGUCUAUGCUUCACGUUCCAUGCUCCAAAAAAUAAACCAAUUCAUCCCAUCAAUUUGUAUAGUGUGCAAAUGCAAUGCUCUCAUGUAAGUAUUGACUGGAAAAUUUACCAUACUACCAGUCUUUGAAUUUGUAAUCUCUUUCAAUUCAUUUGUCAUCAUUAAUUAAUGGAGACACACCUUUUUGCA